GCAAAAGGAAGUGAUUGCGUGUGGAAAUAAACAUCCACGUUUCUUCCCAAUCCCAUUUUCCACUAUGUCCCAUAUUGUUAGGAAAUAAGCUAGUGGGAGAAUUAUUAGUAACCAGUUCCUAUUCCUUUUCACACACACCCCUUUCUAUACUUUGAAGAACAAAAACAAAAUACAUAGUGAGAAAGAGAAAGAGAACGGGAAAGGGAGUCUGAAGGAGGAAAGGAAGAACAAUGAAAGAAGAGCCAAGAGAGAGCAAAGACAAUCUUGACAAAAUUAUCAUCACCAAGUCAAAAUGUAAGUCAAGAAAGAUGCCACUCUUUUACUGAUGAGGUACUGUUGCAAGUUACAUUCUAGUCUUGAAGCAGUUUCGGUGGGGUUUCGUGAAGAAAAAAAACCCUUAUUGGCAGGGCAAGAAACUAAUUGCUGACCUUGGGAAAAUGAUGAGUGUACUAGUUAUUAUAGAAGGAUCAAUGAACAGUUCAAACCCUUAUUUUUCAAGCUCUUGGAGGCGCAAUUUUACUGUACGUGUAGCACAACAGUUUAAUCUUGUUUUCUCUCAACAUUAUUUGGUUCCUUAUGUUAAGGUAUCAUUUUUUCUUUCUGGCAAGGAGACUUCAUUCUUGAUAUAGGUGUACAUUUCAUUGCAGGGUUAUAAGAAUGGUAAUAUUAAAGUUUUUACUGUAUAAUUCACACACUACUUUUAUUCAUUAACUCCCAUUGUAUUUUGUUGCGCAACUUAUGGUGCUGAUAAACGCUGAUUAUCAUUGGUCUAAUCAACUGGGACUCUUUGGCAUCUGAAUAUUAAAUUAUGAAUGAUUCACUCUUUACGAAAACUUACAAAUACACACACGUGCUACGCAUCCCAAACAGUAGAUAUUCUCAUAACUCAAUCAUUUGUUCUUGCAAGUCUUUACUCAUGGAAUUGAACACUUUAUAGAUCUUGUGGCGAGUCAUUGGCAUGAAUGGAACCCUUCAGAUUGAGCGUCGAUUCCAAGGACAACAUGGUUACCUGAUUUCAUUAUAUGAUGCUCAUGGAGAAUGCAAAAGUUCCUUUUUCCCAUUCAGUGGAGUAACUGAAGAGUUAAAAGCUUUUUUCAAUGAUGUUUCUGAAAACACCCUCAAGAAGGAUAGUCAGCCUGAGCAUUGCCUCUCUUUUGUCGAGGGUGCGAGAGAUGUUGCUCUUUUAGAGGCAAUGCUUGAGUCUGGAUCAAAGCAGGGCGAGCUUGUUCAUGUGAAAAAGUUUCGAGAUAUUUACCAAGUGAAGAUGACUAAGUCCGUGGAUCAAGCAGGGAGAUCAAUGUGAUUGGGCGAAGUUAUAGGAUUUGUAUACAUUUAUCGAAAUAAUGCAAUGUAAUGUAAGUUGAAUUAUUAUAUUGUCACAUGCCUCUGUUGAUACAGGGACAAAGUAGGUGCUCUCAUAUUUUCUUUUACUGCACGACAAAUCUUGCGUGUUUGUGCCCAAAAGUUUUGCGCACGCACGCGUCACAUGAGUGGAUAUUCACUGUAUAUUUUUAAAUGGAAUACUCAAUUCAGCAGAACAUAACCAUAUUUAUAUUGUACUCACUCACAUGCUCUUUAUACUCUUGAGGAUUGUUCUACCUUUCUUAUCUUUGCUUAAAGGUUGUUUGUGAUUGUAUAGAUACAUUAUGGCUGAACAGAGAAAUAUAUCAUCUAUACUGUUGUAAUAUUUUUUAUUUUUGGCUUAUUGUAGAUAAUCUAACUUCGGACAAUCUCGCCGAAGUGAAGCCUAAGAAACACACAGAAGCCUAUGGGCCUAUGUCCAAGUGGCUCAAAGCCUGAAGUGCAACAGGAGAAACCACACAUUUUAGAAAAUAAGCGUAAGGUCUCAUGGACAAGUGGCUCCAGAUUUGAAGUCUUUGGUGCAACAGGAGCCUUGUCUUGGAGCAAAAAGAUCAAGUAGAAAACAAAAUGGAAGGCUGAUAAUAUGGUUGGAUGAAUAAGAACAAUGCAGUGGAAUAUUUUAUAGAGUACAUGUUACAUGGAUGAAAACUUGUAAUCAUUUUGGUAUUUCAUUCAAAUUGUGUUGCAUAGUUCUAAUUGUGUUGCAUAAUUCAUUUUCGUUAUGCAAUAAUAAGAAUAGUGAAGGGGGGAAAUUUUAG